AUCUCACCAUCAACCUACACCCUCCUUCGUCAGCGCUAGUAUCACUCCCACCACCAUAGCUCGCCCUAACUGAUAUCUGGCUGUCAUACCGUCCCGAUCCCCUCAUCAUGCCUCCUUCCCUUUACCCAAAACCCGUUCCUAAUAUCCGCACAACUAAAAACUCACCAAAAUACAAAGAGUUAGACUAACGCCUCUCGUUUUUUCCAAAUUACGCUACCUGAGCAUGACUAACCAUUGUCUAUCAGCUUUCUGUUUAGCAGAACCGUCACCUUGUACGUCGGGCCACACAAGAAAAGAAUGGAGAUUCAUAAAAAACUCCUCGCAAGCGUAUCGCGGGAGCUCAACAAACACGUCAACAACGACAUGAGAGAGGGUAUCGAGGGCAUAAUCUGUUUACCGGACGAGGAAGAAGAGACGAUAGCACAUUUUGCCGAAUGGGCCUACACCAGAGAAUACGCUCUCUCCCCCCCUCCCGCCAACACGAAAAGCUGCACGGAGCCGAGAAACGAUCCGUGGUCGGAUCUUCACAAACACCUUCAGGUCUACGUAUUCUCGGAUAAGUUCAACAUACGCAUCCUAAUGCGACUCGCAGAAUCGAAAUUUCACAGCGAGAUCAACCGCCUCAACCCAAAUAGAAAUGAAGACGUGGUCGGCCUUGUCGAGCUGAUAGACUACGCAUAUGACAACCUUCCCACCUCAGAUCCGAUCCUGAAAUUUCUGACGCAAUACGCUUCUUGGAAGUUGGAGUUGCUACGCCCGUCGGAGAUAUUCCAUAGCUUGAUGUUGGACUGGCCGGAUUUCCUAAAUGAUUUGCUCAUGAAUUUGAAGGGGCCAAGCACUAAGCCUGUGGCCGCAGCACAGCAAGCCCACCAGACACACUAUAGGGCAGCGAGACCGUAGAGACUGUAUCUUCCGGGAUAAGGCAGUUCUCACUUGGUGGCAAAGGCCCGAAUUGCGGCUGCUAGUUCCCAAUUUUUAUCUCUUUUGUUCAAAUGAAUCCAUUUAAUACUCCCUCCUUCUCUCGAUAACCUUCCUUAACCUAAACAACACAAAAUCUAUCAGACCUAACGCCGCGUGGGGCAGUAGAACCCAAGCCACAGCAUGGUGCAUUGCACUUGAAGCGCGCACUCUACUAGGUGUAACAUGUAACGCUCAACCCCCUAUACAACCAGCACUAUCCUAAAUCUUGUACGAGUAUCUUUAGAAAAGGAUUAACUUUUAUUGACAAUAUUUAUAUACAAUUAAUAGUAUGUUAUGCACCAUAUGUAUCAAUCAUAAUUCUAUCAUAUGAUAUAGCUCUUUUUUGUUGUGAACUAUCAAGAAAAA